GGGAGGGGUGCGAGGUAGACAGACCUGGACCCCUGCGACUAGCGAGGACCCGCUCGGUAGAGGACCAGCUCAGCCCGGUACCAGCACCAGUUCGGACGUGUCCUCCGGUUAGUUUGUUGUCGGACCCGGAGCCUCAGUCGGGACAGAAUGUCGGAGCCUCCAGUCAACAAGCAUCUCGCAGGGAUUUUAUCAGAUUUUGAAGCCCUAAAGAGGUCCUUCGACAGUGAAGACGACGUGCUGUCCUUCACCUCAGCUUCCCCCACCUCUGCCUCCAUUUCCCCGUCUUCCUGCCAUUUCUUCCUCGGCCACAAUAAAGAAAGAGAAGAGCAUACAGGAAGUGACCAGCCUCCUUCCUUUUCCUUCAACAACAGCGUGGAUUCUGUAGCCCACUCACACGUCUGCCUGAGUUCCAGUCUCAGCCCUGUGCUCAAGACCCGCGCUGUUGGCAGCAGCUUAUCUUUCAACCGAGGAACCAUGACCAGGCCAGUUUUCCACAACAACGUCUCAUCUGUGACGAGAGCCGUUUCCUUCCAAAGCAAGUUAAACCCAAACGUUUGUUCCUCAUUGUUAAGCCCAGGAAGCGACAACGACAGUCUUCACAGCUCGACAUCUAGUUUGGAGUACUCUAGUGUGGGUGGGUACUCCCUCCCUGCUACCAAGCUAACCUCAUACUACAGCCCUCUGCAUCAGAGAGAGUACCAAGAAGCCCAAUGCCAGCGACCAAGUCAAGUUGAACCAACUAUCAAAUUCUCCUUCCAUGGAGGUGUCUCCAAGUCAGAGAUCAACCCAGACCAUGAUAUGGUGCUGGACAUCAGAGAAGUGAGGGGUGACUCCUUGUCAAUUCCAGCUGAAAAGGAGGCAAAAGUGGAGAUGCCCAGAGGUGUUGGUGAAGACAGGAUCUCACCUGGAAUAAUGUAUGUUGAUGCUAAUGACAGCUGGAAUGGUCUUCGUAUCGUCAAUGCCGUUGGGGGGAAAAAAGUUCCACAAAAGGUUUUCAAGACUCCCAAGCCCGGGGCAAAGGAAGUUCCCCGUCUCAACAAGUUUCCCUUGGAUUUAGACAGCUUGGUAGGUCGCACCUCCACAAAUUCUCCCACCAAGCCUGAAGCGGGAUGCUUGACUCAAGAAUCUCCAAAGCAUCCUUCACACAGUUCGAGUGGCCUCCAGCCCCUCAUCCACAGCCCCCCAUCCACAGUCAGCAUUUCCACUGCCCUCAGCAGGAUGGACCGCUCCCCAGACACACCAGACCUCCCCUUUUCUCCUUCGUAUCCAUGUCCACCAGUUCCCUCACACAGUUCCAUCUCCAUUCCAGAAAUGCAUCGUUCCUCUGUACCCAUUUCUCCAGCUGAGAACUUUCAGCUAGAUCAUCUUUCUGGGCCUGAAGGUUUUUAUGUGGUCUCCAGCUCGUCCAGCGCCUCUAGUCCCAAACUUAUGGAGUCUUUGGAAGAGGGCACAUGUGAUGCACGAGUCAGCAUGGACUUAAUCUUACAGAAGAUCGCCUCAUUCUCUUGGUCAAAUGGCACCAAGACACCUGCAGUCAAAACCCCAAACAACAUCCAGGGAGCUGAUGUAUCCUCAUCUGUAUUUAGGAGUCCCACUGAGAAGACAGCUGUGACUGCAUGGAAAGAAAAGAAAAGGCGUGGAGAACCUGCUGGAAGGCUGCAGACAGACCCAUUCAUCCCAAUGGAGGAGUCAGAAGAGAAGGAGAGAGGCAUCAUGGGAGAAGAGCAAGAUGAUGGAGGCAAAAACCUUGGACAUGAGAAGAUCCAAACGUUUGAAUCAGAGGAGAACUGUAUGGAAGGAUGUACAGAAGAGGAGGAGAAAGAGAAGGGAAUGGAGACAGGGAAGGAUGCUGAGCUGGAGGCAGAGGUGAAGGCGGAACUUCGACCAUCUGAUUCAGACUCUCAGACAAGCUUCAUCCGGGGUUCUGAUCUCUUUGGUUAUGUGGGCAUCGAGGAUGUACUGGACCAGAUGAGACGCAAGACCAUGAAGGCUGGCUUUGAAUUUAACAUCAUGGUGGUCGGUCAGAGCGGCUUGGGAAAAUCCACACUGGUCAACACUCUGUUCAAGUCAAAAGUCAGUCGAAAGUCCUGCUCAUCCAACUAUGAGGAGAAGAUAACUAAAACAGUCAAACUGCACAGUAUUAGUCAUGUGAUCGAAGAAAAAGGGGUGAAGAUGAAGCUGACAGUAAUCGAUACUCCAGGAUUUGGAGACCAGAUCAACAAUGAGAACUGCUGGGAGCCCAUUGUGAAGUAUGUCAACGAGCAGUAUGAACGAUACCUGAGAGAGGAGCUGAACAUCAAUCGGAAGAGGAGAAUACCUGACAGCAGAGUGCACUGCUGCAUCUACUUCCUCCCUGCCACGGGACACAGGUUACGUCCUCUUGAUGUAGAGUUCAUGAAGAGGUUGGGGAAGGUUGUGAGCAUUGUACCUGUCAUCGCCAAAGCUGACACACUCACUGUUGAUGAAAGACAGGAGUUCAAAGAAAGAAUAAAACAAGACCUGGCAGCCAAUGGCAUUCAUAUUUACCCCCAGAGAGAAUACGAUGAAGACACAGAAGAACGUGUCCUCAAUGACAGGAUCAGGCAGGAAAGCCUUCCUUUUGCUGUGGUGGGAACUGACAAGGAGCACCAGGUGAAUGGAAACAAAGUUCUGGGCCGUAAAACUAAAUGGGGAAUCAUCGAAGUUGAAAACCUAGCACACUGCGAGUUCGCCAACCUUAGAGAUCUGCUCAUCAGGUCUCACCUGCAAGACCUGAAGGACGUGGCACACGACAUCCACUAUGAGGCCUACCGCGUACGCCGUCUCAACGAGAGCAACAUGAACUUCAGCGAGCUAGUUCUGUCCACCUGGCCCCUGGAGAACGGGACUGACACAUGUGGAACAGAGAGCCUGCUCUGAACCUCCACCAACACACCUGAGGAAGCCCAAUGGUCCUCCAGCCGCUGAGGGACUCUGAGGCAAACUGCUGU